AUGGACGGAUCGCAGACAGCAAUCCGCCCCAUUCCACGUAUAAGGACGACUGCUUCGAUCAUAUCAGCGACCUCGGCUUCCAAAUUCAAUACCAACCAGUUCAGAUCAUCGCGCCUAGAAGGUGGGUCAAUCGUAACAGCCCACGUGGUGAACGAUCACAAAUCUUCUGUGGCGGUUCCGGAACCGCCUCCAACCAAGCGCGGAGCCAAGGAGUUCGAAUGCCCUUACUGUCAUUUGAUGCUCCCGACCGAGGAAACUGCUGCAAUGAGAUGGAGGCGGCAUGUGAUGGCGGAUCUUGAGCCGUAUAUUUGUCCGUUUCUGGACUGCUCUACGGAGCACGUUACUAUGAGGGAGUACUCACAAUGGUUCAGCCACAUGUCAAAUGUGCAUGCUGCACAGUGGUCGUGUACAGCCCGCCAGUGCAGGCCUUUCACUGUCGUCACCCAAGAAGAAUGGGAGGAGCAUAUGCGCAAGACGCAUCCCGACUCUUUCACCGAAGCACAAUUGCCCUGGCUGGAGAAGAAGGCCCGGAAGGCGUCUUCUAUCAUCUUCUCCACAUGUCCCAUGUGCAAGUGGGUGCCUACAGUGUCGAGCUCUGGUGAUACACGAUCUGCGGAGCACUUGCAGAAUCUUUCCAACAGCAUCGUCAAACAUCUCGCCACCCAUCUCGAGCAGAUGUCACAAAUUGCCCUGCCAUGGCAGGAAGAUUUCCAGCUGCCAAAUGAAGACGAUCGUUUGUCGUCCAGCCAGGUGGAGAGAGACUCCGUUAAGGACGAAGAAGGUCCAGAAGCGCAAAAUCUGGCUUUUCAGGACGAGGAAGACGAGGCUGUGCGAUCCCGCGAGCAACCGCUAGCCGAAUGGAUUGAAAUAUCUCGGGAGCUUCUGAAAACUGGCGUCGGGUGGUAUCCGCCAUAUGAAGACUGGGAAUUCUACGGCCUCGAUCAGACCCCAUACUUCGGACACGAUAGAGACCCCACGCUACAGACGUUCCUGCAGAAGAUGUAUCUCGACGUCAAUCCAACGACAUACGGCGGCAGGGGUCCUGACCUUCCUGCAGAGUUGUUGCCUGUGACGCCAGUCUCACACUUCUUCGGACGAGACUAUGCACUUCAAGCAUUGUCGAAUGCGCUUGUACCACGAGCACAGGAUAACGAGACGCCGGCUAGUCCUACCAGCUACCCGAGGACCUUUGCAGUGUAUGCACCUGGCGGCAUGGGGAAGACUCAGCUCAGCGCCGCGUUCGUGUCUCAGCAUCGAGACAAGUUUGACGCUAUAUUCUGGGUACAUGCCGAUGACUACAACAAGCUGAGUCAAGGCUUCCAAAAUAUCGCAGUUGAGCUUGGCUUGGUGGAAGAGACAUCCGCUGAUGCUAAGGAUAUCUCGUUCACCAGAGAGAUUGUCAAACAAUGGUUACUGAAGCCAUUGAGAGACUUCCGAGACGCUGGCAAGCCAAACGCGCCACAAGCCUCAUGGCUGCUUGUAUUUGAUGGCGUCGAGAAUCCGGACGUGCUGAAUGAUUUCUGGCCUUAUAAUGGUCCCGGGUCAGUAUUGAUCACCAGCCGCAGUCCGUUCUCGUGGUCACGCUCACUUCAACUGGCGCCGUUUACCGAAGACGAGGCAAUAAAGUUCUUGCUGAAGCUGACAGAGAAGGACGCUUCGGAAGAGCAGCGCAAGGCGGUUGGAAAGGUCAACGACCAGCUCGGUGGCCUACCGCUCGCACUUGCACAGAUGGCAGGUCUUAUCCAACAUAAGCAGCUCUCCUUUGCCGAGUUCCUUGAAUCGUACAACGAGCAAGAAGAGCUUCUCAAACAAGCCAACAGCGAUCUGGUUCUGGGCGCUAGUGGCUACGAGCAUACCCUUGCCUCUGUCUGGGCCUUUGAGAAUCUUGCGCACGGUGUGCCGAUGCUCAACCUUGUUUCGAUGCUUGAUCCAGACGGCAUCCCUGAGUCGCUGCUGACGGCGUCCCUGGGCAGGCCAAAGCGCAGGAACUCCAUUCAAGCAUUGUGGACUGAGUACGGCGAGUACACGGAUGCACGAAAUGAGCUUGUGGCAUGCUCAUUGCUCAGCCGUGAUAAGAUCGAGCGCCGGCUGUCGAUACACCGACUGGUACAAGAUGUGGCAAGGGCUAGAAUGUCGCCUCGGGAAUUCCGCAACAACUUUAUGACUUGCGUGGACCUCAUCUCCAGUUCGUGGCCCUUCGAGAAAUUUGACUGGCGCCACGACGUCAGCAAAUGGACGGUCUGCGAGCCGCUGUUCCCGCACGUUGCCCGACUGAAGUCUCUCUACCACGAGAUCCCUCCAUCUACAGACUACUCUGAGGAUGAUUACUCAUUCGCGAGACUUCUGACAGCUGCUGGGUGGUAUCAUCACGAAAGAGGCCGCUCUUCCGACGCAAAGAUCUUCAACAACCUUGCGGAAGAGAUCUGCAAGUCCCUGCAAAAGCGACUGAAGGGCUCCACAACAGAUCUUUCGCAGUCUCACCACCUCCAGCUCGACAGAAUUCUGGCCGAGAUCGACCACAACCGUGGCUGCAUUGCGACAGAGGUCAACGAGCCAUCAGACGCACUGAAGUACCACCUCCAAUUCAAUGACUUGAUGCAAAAAGAAUUGGGCGGUGUCAAAGGCGGGCAAGACAUGCGUCUGGCGAUUUCCUGGAAUGAACUUGGCAACGCAUAUAUGCUUAACCGUCGUUGGGCAGACGGGAGACACUGCUUCGAGCAGUCGAUUUCUCUCAUGGAACAGCUUGAGAACUACGAGGAGAUUUUAAUAUCAUUACCCUUGGUCAACAUUGGCCUAGCCUUCUGGCUACUCGACCAGCACGAUGACGCCCUGAAAGUCCUCCUCCGAGGUCUACAACACCGCGAAGUCGUCUACGGACAAGACGAUCGUGACCAUAGAGUCUCGUUCAUCACUGGCCGCUACCUCCACGCCCUCGGCAACGUCUAUCAUUCCCUGAACAACCUCGAAGAAUCGCAGACCUUUCACCACCGCGCUCUCAUCCACUACAAGUAUACCCUUGGCAACAACCACCACCGCACAGCAGACACCCUCGUGAAAGUCGCCGAACAUCAUCUUUGGCGCGGGCAAGAAGAGACAGCGUUGGUUCUUCUGGAGGCAGCGAUCAAGAUCUACGGAAGUGGUACAGGUGCGAAUGAAGGCGGAAGCACGUAUAGGCCUGAGCGGACACGCGCGUUGUAUCAGAGGGCGACGGCAUUGAGGGAGCUGGAUCGUGAGGAGGAAGCGAAGAUGUGUUUAAGUUUGUGUUGGGAGUUGUAUGAGACGGUAUUCGAGGCGGCGGUGGAGAGUGAGAAGGAGGGAGAGAUGGUGGGAAGGGUAGCGGGGAUGGUAAUUGGAGAUGAGAGUGGGAACGAUGGUGAGGACGAAGGGGGUAAGCGUGGUGUGCGCUGGGCAGGUGUAAAUGGGAAGUCAACGGGAAAGCGGCGGGAGAGGAAGACGAGGGUGGAGGAUUUGAAGUAUGAGGACCUCAUUGACUUGGUGGCGUUCUGGUCGCGAUAA